CCACGUCACGCCACAUCUUCUCUUCACUUCUCUUCUCUUUCCGUCACAAUAAUAACUGCUCAUCUGUAUCUCUCACUCUCAAACUUUUCCUUUUCCAUGAAAAACAGUUGCAAAAUCCCUCUCCCCAUCUCUUUUCUCUCUUAUCUGCAUAACUUUUGCAACUAAACUUAAAGAUGCUCUAGCAGUUUCCUGAUUUGCCUCUCUUUCACAUGUAUCCCUUUUCUUUUUCUUUUAUUCAAGUUUGAAUGGAAUGGAACAAAGCCAUACUUUAAAAGGGCUCUAAUUUGCAUGCCAUCAUUUCAUAAUUGUACGUAUUUAUAUUGUGUUUUAGCCCACUUCUCUUUUAGACCCAUUUUAGAACAACCUUUCAUAGUAAAAUUUUCCAUCACAAAUUCCAAAAAAACCGUUUCAAAGUGCUAGAAGUAAGCUGAUCGAAGGGAUAUUAUAGCCAGUUUUUGGGUUUAUAUUUCUAGUGAUUCUUGGGAUUGGUUUGAAUAAAUUUUAAAAAAUACCGUAAUAUAGAGUACAGUGAAAUUUAGGCAGUGCGUGGGGAAAAUGCCAAGGAAAAAUUUGAAUGUGGAUGGAAACUUUGGGGGAAGGCAGUGUAAAGUCAGAAAGAGAGGGAAUUCUUCGUCAUCUUCUUCAUCAUUAGUGAAGAAUUAUCAUUUAAAGCGUGCAAUUUUGAUGGGCAAAAGGGGAGGGUCAAGCACUCCAGUGCCAAUGUGGAAAAUGAGGAAUUCAAGAUCCCCAUCACUCAAAAAUGACAAUGCAUUCAAGAAUUUGGCACCAAAGGGUGCUGAAAAGAACAGAGAUUUCUCGGUAUCGGCCCGAAAGUUGGCUGCCACUUUGUGGGAGAUUGAUUGGUUUCCUUCAUCCAGAGUGAAAAGGGAAUAUUCGGAAGACAAAAUAAGUGUAGUAGAAAACGUUAGACAAGAAAGAAUUUCGAAUGCAUCCAAAUUGGAUCCAUUUCAUAGUGCUAUUUCUGAGAGAAUGGAUCCAGCUGAAGUGGGCUAUCAUCGAAGAAGAGCAUCAGCUGGUUCUCAAAAACUUCUGCUCGGUGAUUGUAAUUUAGCAAGCAAUAAUUCUCUUCAUACUUGCUUAAUAGAGGUAAGGCAAUUGUUUGCUUAAUAGAGGUAAGGCAAUUGCUCUUUUCCUUCGAAUUUAUCCAAUAUUUUGCUAUUACAUGUUAAAAUUUUUGUGUAUUUUCUAUUUUUUUGCCUUCAUUACGAGAAGAUACCAAAUAUUUUUGGCAAGUUAUGCAAAUUAGACUGAUGAAGAAAGCAAACAUUCUUGGCAAUGGUUUUUCUUGUAUCAUCAAGUGAAUUCUGGCAGAUUCAUUGCAGUUAAAGUACUCCAAGUUCUCUCCUAAAUUCGUGCUCUUCAAGAUGCAUAAUAAGUGGGGUAAUAGCCUUUGGAGCCACCUUUGGCCUACUAAGAAAUGAUUUCUCGUAAUGGGCAAAAUUUUCAGUUACCUCAACAGAACAGAGAACAUGGUUUAAUUUUCGUAAGGGUGCUACCAAAGCCAACAUGUUGAAUACUUUUCUUUAUAACAUUUAUCGACUUCUACUGUUCACGCUUUCUUCAGUUCCCUGAUCUUGAAGAUUUUGAGUAGUUCCUCAAUAAUAAACACCAAUGUUAUGUUUGACAAUGUGAACUUGACAGUAUUGGAUAGUAUUAAAGAAGAAAGAGAACUUUAGUUCUUGUUUAUUGAGUACCAUAACUUGCGCCACAAUUCUGACCUUUAACUUGAUGUGCUACACAAGGGAUGUUGUUGAUUAAACCGUAGAUUAUGCAGGUUGAUCAGACGACAUCUCACGGACGAAGUCCGUGUAGGCACAUAGUUGGGGUCAAAAGUCGUCUUAAUGAUGUACUUAAUGGCCUUACAACAUCUAAAGAACGGCUAAAAGUAUUAAGUCACGUUUGUCACCUAGAAGAGCAGCACUCUACAGGAUUAUCACUUGUCUCGGCCUUAAAAUAUGAGCUUGAUCAGGCGUAUGUUCAUGUCAAUAAAUUCAUUCAAGAGCAAAGAACAAACCGUAGUGAGAUUGAUAUCUUGUUGAAUUGGUUCAAAGAGGAAAGGGUAGUUUGGAAAAUUAAAGAACAAGAUAGGAUUCACUGAGCCGUUACAUCUAUUGCUGGUGAGCUCCAGAUAGAGAAGAGGCUAAGGCGACAAACUGAGAGACUGAACAAGAAACUCGGGAAAGAAUUAGCAGAGACUAGGGAAUCUCUUUCAAGGGCAAUGAAAGAGCUCGAGGGUGAGAAGAGGACAAGAGAGAUAUUGGAGCAAGUAUCCAAUGAGUUGGCCCAAGGCAUUGGAGAAGAUAGGGCUGAAGUGGAGGAACUAAAACAACAGUCAGCAAAAGUUCGUGAAGAGAUGGAUAAGGAGAGGGAAAUGCUUCAACUAGCUGAUGUACUGCGCGAGGAAAGAGUACAAAUGAAGCUUUCGGAAGCCAAGUAUCAGUUCGAGGAGAAAAAUGCUCUUGUUGACAAGUUGAGGAGUGAGCUCCAGGCUUAUUUAAAAUCGAAAAAUAGGCAAAGAAAAAGCUGAUGCCUCCCCAAGCUAUACAAAAAUAAAGGAGCUCGAAAAGUAUCUGAGAGAAACAUUGCCCAACUCGUAUCAACACCAAGAUAAAGAGAAAGAAGAUGUGAAAGCAUUAUAUAAAGAAGAACUUGAAGAUGAUGAUUCAGCUGAUAGCGAUCUCCAUUCAAUUGAAUUAAAUGUGGAUGAUAUUAACAAUAGCUUCCAAUGGGGCAAUGCUGUCAAAAAUGACAAAAGAAAAUUUUAGUCGAUACAGGUAAAGAGAAAAUGUCUCUUUCCGGAAAAUCCAAAAAUCUGACCAUUCCCUCGAAAGAAUGAUUAGCAAAUGGCCUAGAGUUGGAAUCAGGGGCGGAGCCAGGAUUUUAGUUCAGCGUGGGCAAAAAAAUUUCGAUGUCGAAUGUCGAGGUUUUGGUCAUGGAUUUAAUGACGCUAAAAAAAUAAAAUAAUAGUAUGAAUAUUAAAAACGACAUAAUUUAUAUAUUUUACUUGUUCCUUGCGAGUUUUAAUACUUUGUGCGAAUCAGAACUGUGACGCUGCAACAGGGACGAAUUCUCUCACUCACAGACAAAGGGUUGAAUUGAUUCAAAUGAAUGAAUGGGUUUGGGUCAAUUGAAUUUUGAGGGAAUGGAUCUAAUAGGGCUUCUCUCUCUGAGCCGGACAUCGUACAUUGGAAAAAAACUAUGGAUAUUCACUACUAUUGAUAUUUGAAACUUUAGAAGUGGGUUAAAAAAAUAAUAAUAUAAAAUAAAUAAAUAAAUAAAAUCUGCCCAGUGCGGUACAUGCAUUGGCUCCGCACAUGGUUGGAAUACACUGAUAAACAAAGAAUAUUUAGGCAGGUUUUACACGGAUCGAUCGUUAGAGUUUUCCUCACAGACUUGGAAAAUGAAUAUUGAAGAUGAGAUCGAGAGAUAUAUUAUGAUAAAAGACCUAAGAGACCGCAUUGUUUCUAGUUCCAGAAACGGAGCCUCCCACAAUUUGCAGAAUACACAUUCAAAGGAUUGACAGUGUUGCAGGAAGCUAUUUGACAUUGGCCAAAGAGUUUUUACUCAUUUUGUGGUCCUUCUUUGGCCUAAUGCAAUGCUUUUCAUAUCUUAAUAGAUUCAAAAAAUCUUUCUGUUGGCUCCUAAAUUUGCAAUCUGGCAUGCAAAAAUGUAAACAAAAUUUUAUUUUUGUCAUCCGCAUAAGCUAAUAAACAGUACAAAUCUGAUAUUCUGAUAUUUUGUGUAGU